AUGAACUACUUGGGUGUUCCUAUUGUUCUAGGUACUGCUAUGAUUGCUGUCCAUGAUAAGGAUUAUCUGACAGCGUCCCAGAAGCUACAGGACUAUGAGUUUCGCAUAACAGUUACUGACCGCAGGCCUGCUCCCGAGUUGUUGGCAAGGCUCCCAAAUCCGGAUAAGGUCAUGAAAAAAGUCAACAAAAAGUAUGAACGUCUUGAUAAAUCAACAACGUUGUUCGACUAUCCAAUCAACCACCACCUAGCCGGGGGUCUGAAGUUGAAUUUGGUUCCAAAUUCCUUUGCAAAUCUCCCAACACCAGGUGUUGCUGACGACUCGAUGCCCGAUACUGUCGCUACCAAGGAUUACGACAUCUAUGGCAAUAUCUUUGAUCCGCUUGAAGGCACGUUGAUUGAGAGUUUUGCUAAGGGUGUCAUCAGUGAUGAGGGUCGAAUACACGAGGAAGCGUUCGGCCCCUGGGACAGACGUGUCUCAAAGCGACUGGGUUCCAAGAAAGAAAUGCCUGUGGAUAUGAGGGGUAAUAUGUUGCCUGAGUGA